CACUGGCACAGACUUUGGACUUUGGAAACAUAUCAUCCACAGGUGUGUGUUUUCUAAGUUUUGUUGGUCUUGAGAAGUCAGUAAGAGGUGACUGGAGACACUUAUUUUUUUCAGAUCAUCCCUUCAGGAAGGAAUCAUCACAGAAUAUAACAAGAGCCAUGUGGGUUGUCCUGGCCUUUCUGCUAGCCUUCUCCAGUGGUGCUCUGUCAUUAGACAAACUCAACAUGUGUAUGGACGCCAAACACCACAAAGUAGAACCUAGCCCUGAGGGAGAGCUUUACCUUCAGUGUACUCCCUGGCGUGACAAUGCAUGUUGUACUGCCAACACCAGCACAGAAGCCCACAACGAUAACUCCUACUUGUACAACUUCAACUGGAAUCACUGUGGUAUCAUGAGUCCUCAGUGCAAGAAACAUUUCACCCAGGACACUUGCUUCUAUGAGUGCUCACCACACUUGGGACCCUGGAUACAACCAGUGGAUCAGACCUGGCGUAAGGAGCGCAUCUUGGAUGUGCCUCUGUGUAAGGAGGACUGCCACCAAUGGUGGGAUGACUGCAAGGAUGAUUACACCUGCAAGACUGACUGGCACAAGGGAUGGGACUGGAGCUCAAAGGUUAACAAAUGCCCUGCAGGUAGCAAGUGCAGAAAGUGGACCGAAAUUUACCCCACACCCAAGUCAAUGUGUGAACAAAUCUGGUCCAAUUCCUACCUUUAUACCACUUACUCAAAGACCUCAGGCCGCUGCAUGCAGCUCUGGUUCAAUGGGACAAACCCCAACAGGAAGGUAGCUGAGUACUACCUUAACAAAGCACAGCAACACCAAAGCUUUGCCUUGACAACACUAAUUCUGGCAUUUGCAUCUUUCUCUGUAAUGAUGUCCUAA